AUGGCUCGGCGUCCACGUCUUGCGGCGCAAGCCGCUCAAGCUUCCAUGAGAACCCCUAUCCCUAACAUAUCCGACAAUGAAGACGAAGAAAUGCCAGAUGCUACACCUGCAGAAGUGCCUACACCGCAAGACGACGACGAGGAUGCAGAGAAUGACGAGGAGGAAGAUGGGACGAAUGAUGCAGAAGAAGCACCAACUCCAUCACGAGAGUCGGAGCCACCGUCGCGAUCCGCGACUCCUCGCCGUGGCCGCCCUCCCCUACCCCGUGGGCGUCGAGGAGGCAGGCUGGGCAGACCUCCAAAGCACCGUGUUGCCACAGCAUCUGAAGAUGGAGACAACGACGCUGCUUCUGAAACAACCACUCCAAAACGAAGAGGAGGUUUCCGAGGUCACCGGGGUGGGCGAUGGGCCAAAUACAGAGCAGGAGGAUCACGACCACAACAAGCUCCUCUUGACGACGAUGGUAAUCCGAUGGAAAUUGUCAAUGACGAAGUCUUACUACCCGAGGACCCGGAAGGCGAACAGAAGGUUGACAAGAAUGGCCGCUUGUUGGGCGGCAGAGAAUAUCGCGUGCGAACCUUCACAAUUCUCGGCAGAGAUGACAGACUCUACAUGUUGUCAACAGAACCAGCACGUUGCAUUGGAUUUCGCGACUCAUAUCUUUUCUUCCAGAAACACAGGCAUCUCUACAAGAUCAUCAUUGACGACGAUGAGAAGCGGGAUCUCAUCGAAAGAGAUUUGAUACCUCACUCUUACAAAGGUCGCGCAAUCGGAGUGGUAACGGCUCGAUCUGUGUUUCGAGAGUUUGGAGCUAGGAUUAUUAUCGGCGGGAGAAAGGUAAUAGACGACUACGAGACUAAGAAAGCACGGGAACGGGGUGAUGUCGAAGGCGAAAUAGCUGUCCCAGAAGACCGCUUGCCGCCUCCGGGAGAGCCUUACAAUCGGAAUCAAUAUGUGGCAUGGCAUGGUGCCAGUGCGGUUUACCACACCAACACGCCCAGUGUCCCCCUUCCUCUCGCAAAGGCGCAGGAGGCCAAGCGGCGCAAGAUCACGGUAACGAGCGACAACUGGAUGUUGGAACAUGCACGAGAGGCCAGUCGAUUCAACGCGCAAUUGACAGCGAACCGGCUGGAAAACAUCAACGGCGUCUAUGACAUACACACCAACGUAAUGCAGUACCCAGCACACAUGCAGCCAACACAUGCACGAUGGGAAAUUGUUGACGAUGAUGAGGCUACUGAAGACCUGAAGAGAACAGGCCGGCUACCUCACCUCGACCCGGUAUAUGGACGAACUUUCCGUAUCCAUGACCUGUGUCUCGAGUCGGCGCCAGAGUCCUGGUAUGGGACGCCUGGUAUCACCGAGGAAGGGGACAGCCUCUCUUCAAUUCCAACGAGCAUCCUCGAAGAGCUUCCCGCCGACUGUCUACGCGCGUUCGAAGAAGCCAAAUCACGCGAAGCCGAAUGGCGGAGAAAGUGGCAUACAGAACGGGAAGACGGGCUUAGAGCACGGCUUUUGCCUUCCUUUGAAUGGUUUCCAAAGUGA